GUGAUGUUAUUGAGCUUACUUUUGGUCAGCUUCUUCAAAAGCUGCAGGCUUUCUGGUAAGAACAUUAACAGCAAUAAUGGAGGAUGAAAAUAAUCUGCCUCCAGGAUUCAGAUUCCAUCCCACGGAUGAAGAGCUCAUAAACUAUUACCUCAGAAGCAAAGUUUCUGAUAGUGCCUUCACUUCCAAAGCCAUAUCCGUCGUUGAUCUCAACAAGUCUGAACCUUGGGAACUUCCAGGUAAGGCAUCGAUGGGAGAGAAGGUAUGGUAUUUCUUUAGUCUAAGAGACAGGAAGUAUCCGACAGGACUUCGAACCAACCGAGCAACGGAAUCAGGCUACUGGAAAACCACCGGCAAAGACAAACAUAUCUUUCACGGCGGUGCGUUGGCCGGCUUCAAGAAAACCCUCGUCUUCUACCAGGGAAGAGCUCCUCGUGGUCUCAAAACCAACUGGGUUAUUCAUGAAUAUCGCCUGCACGAUAAGGAAGAUUGGGUUGUUUGCAGGGUGUUCCAGAAAAGCAUAUCAUCAGCAUCCAAAAAACCUCGUGAUCAGGAUAUCACAUCAUCUUCCCAAGUGUCUUUGGAUUCACCUUGCGAUGCAACCUCAAUGGUGAAUGAACUGGGCAGCCACGUCGUCCAACUUCCUAAUUUUAGUAUUGCAAGUUCCUCAACUGGAGGAUUCACAGACAACAUUAAUCACAGCUUUAAUGUAAACACAGACAUGAACUUGAGCACCAAUAAUUGGUCAUCAGCUGCAACAGAUCAAGUUCCCUCUCUUCUUUCAUGGCCUAAUUGUGCUGCUUCUCGAGGAUUAAUGCUGAAUCCUAAUAAUCUGUCAGUGAACUCCUUGCUUCUCAAAGCGUUGCAGCUCAAGAGCUAUCAGCAAGCCAAUGAUCACUUUGCGUCGUACAUGUCUCAUCAAGCAGUUCCCAACCUUGGAGGAUCGUCACUCACUGAUAAUGUAAUCUCAAAUCCAAGUUCUUCUCAUUCCUCCAAAGUCUUAGAAUGCUUGCAACUUCAGCAACAGCAGCAACCGUUCAAUCUGGACUCCGUUUGGUGAAGCCCUUGAAUUCAUCGAAGCUAACGUCAUUCUAUUGAACUUCUUUGUUAUUAUAAUUAUAAUAUCCAACUCAGUUCCUGGUCACAGCUAAUAUAUGGAACCAAUUUCCAACCCAACAUGUUCCUUCAAAAUUAUAUGUGUAUCUCAUGAGUUGUAAUUAGAGUUGAAAUAGGCAAGUUGUACAUCACGGUUUAACUCACUGUGCACCUGUGGGAGGAAAUUCAUCAAUUAAAAAGAUUCAACAA